AUGGUGUUAAAAUCUCUCGCCAUUUUGUGCACGCUCUUCUAUGCACAUGAAGCAGCAGGAAGAAGACCAAAAGAGGAUAAAUUUCACAGUGGUGUAGACUUGUAUUUCGCUCUGAAACGCUACAAUGAAGUAGCUGAGGUUCGCGUACUUCCUGGACAAAAAGCAGAAGUGCUGGAAGGUUCGCUAGUCUACUUCCCGGAUGAUGGAGCCGACGCCUGGGUGCGUGUUGUCGCUGGUGCGGUAGAUGUGUCGAUGAAUACAACAAGAAAAGAACAUGCUGUUAACUGCUUGACGCGGCCAAUGUGGAAAGAACGCUAUGGCAAACAAUGUCGAGGAUUUUUGUCAAGGAGAAGAGGGAAUAAGAAUCGAAAAGUGAGAAAAGUGGUAUUGAUCAGCAAAGCGGGAUUGAUAAUGGAGAACGUGCAAAACGACGACUCUGGACUGUACCGUCCAGCACACAUCAGGGAAGUAGCUGAGGUUCGCGUACUUCCUGGACAAAAAGCAGAAGUGAUGGAAGGUUCGCUAGUCUACUUCCCGGAUGAUGGAGCCGACGCAUGGGUGCGUGUUGUCGCUGGUGUGGUAGAUGUGUCGAUGAAUAGAACAAGGAAAGAACAUGCUGUUAACUGCUUGACGCGGCCAAUGUGGCAAGAACGCUAUGGCAAACAAUGUCGAGGAUUUUUGCCAAAGAGAAAGCCAAAAAGGAACCAGAAGCGAAAUCCGAGAAAAGUGGUAUUGAUCAACAAAGCGGGAUUGAUAAUGGAGAACGUGCAAAAUGAAGACUCUGGACUGUAUCGACCAGCACACAUCAGGGACGGAAGAUAUCGGCUGAAGAAGGGUAAAAUUUAUGCACUGCACGUGUUCGUACAGGCCGAGUUUGACUGA